UCCCCGGAAGAACCGCGUAGCCGCGCCCCCGCAGCGCCGGGCUGACCCCCCCCCCCCCCGCCUCCGCGUCUCCAUGGAAACGGUACGCACUAAAGCCGAGCGAGGAGCGCGAUGGCGGCCGGGGAGCCGAGGGAUUUGGGCAGCUACUACUUCAGAUUCCUGCCUCAGAGAACCUUCCAGUGUCUGAGCACCCAGGAGACCACCAGCCGGCUCCGCCAGUGGUCCAUGCUGGGCAGAGUCGCGGCUCAGGCGUUCGGCUUCGACCAGACGUUCCAGGCCUAUCGCAAGGACGACUUCGUCAUGGCUUUUUUUAAAGACCCAAAUGUUAUUCCUAAUUUGAAGUUACUUUCAGAUUCUUCUGGACAAUGGAUUACAUUAGGAUCUGAAGUGAAAAAAAUUGAAGCCACAAAUGUUCCUUGUACACAGCUUUCAAUGUCAUUUUUUCAUCGGUUAUAUGAUGAAGAUAUUGUACGCGAUGAUGGACAUAUCAUUAAGUGUUUAGAUUCUUUUUGUGAUCCCUUUCCUAUAUCUGAUGAAUUACGAAAAGCGGCUCACAAGUCUGGCUCCUUAACCACAUUGCACACCUCCUCCCUGAGGGCCCCAUGUGGAAGCACACGGGGAGAUCAACCGCAGGUUUUGCUAGUGGAAGACUCAGAAAAAUAUGAAAUAUUUAGCCAAGCUGAUAGAGAAGAGUUCCUGUUUUGUCUUUUCAAACAUCUUUGCCUUGGUGGAGCCCUUUGUCAGUAUGAAGAUGUGCUUAAUCCGUAUCUGGAAACAACAAAGCUUAUCUAUAAAGAUCUAGUGAGUGUUCGAAAGAAUCCUCAAACCAAGAAAAUACAAAUUACCUCUUCCAUCUUUAAAGUCACGGCAUAUGAUUCCGCUGGCAUGUGCUACCCUUCAACAAAGUCUCAUGAACAGACAUUUUCUUACUUUCUUGUGGAUCCGAUCAGGCGUCAUGUUCAUGUUCUAUACCACUGUUACGGUGUGGGGGAAAUGUCUUAACAGUAUUCUUUCAGAUUAUCGAUUUUACUGUUUUUACCAACUUUUUAUUUUGACGUCAUUUUAUAGGUAAACAUCUCCUUUGCCAGUUAAUUUAAGUAAAAUGUAGAGAAGCCGCAUAGAACAGAAGGACACAGUACAAGAUGCCUGUCUUUAAAUUUGCCUGGAGUGGUAGCAUAGGGACCGAACUCCAUCCCUACCACGGUCUACACCAAUAUAGUUGUGGACAAUUUACAGAAAGUUCCAAGGAACUAAAAAUCCAGUCCGUAUUUGUCGCAUUAGGAUUCAAGUAAGGCCUCGAUUUUCCACGUAUUUUAUUUUAGAAGCUAAUUAAUUUUAGCUUGAAACUGUGGCAGAAAACUGACCAUCUCUCCACUGAUCAUUAUUAUCAACUGUUAGCUUUUCAAAUUUGAGUUUCAUUGCAUUGCGUUUCUUCAUUGCAUAAAGAUUUACACGUCCAGGGGUGUAAAAUGCAUAACAAUUCCUUUGCUUCGUUUGUCCCAGUUAAAAUCCUCAAUAAAAAAGUUAUGUUCUGAAAGUAA